UUUUUUUUUUAUUUUUUUCUGUAUGAUCUUAAUUUCUUGUAAGACUAGUUGCAUACAAGCUCAAUUUCAUUUCUUUCUUAUCUUUUUACUAUAUUUUUAUUUUUUGCAUAGUACUAAUAACAUCAAAAAUGAAAAUUGGGAUAAUCCUUAGUGGUCCUCAAUCAUGUGUUGGAUUUAUUGCAGGUCACAAUCUCAUUCGCGAAGAUAAUACUAAAUUCCAUUAGACCCGGGACAGAGGUACUAGGAAGACUUCCAGAAACAGAUAUCUUUUGUGACAUCAAACAAUAUCCUGCGGCCAUUAGAACUCCAGGCAUCUUGAUAAUCCGCUUCAAUACUGGUUUACUUUGUUUUGCUAAUGCCAAUUUCAUUAGAGAAAGGAUAAUGAGAUGGGUAAUAGAAGAAGAUAGAACAGAAGAAAUUUCAAGUGGAAAGAUUCACAUAGUAGUUCUUGACAUGUCCAAUGUGAUGAAUAUUGAUACUUCAGGAAUCUUGGCACUAGAAGAACUGCACAAGGAAUUGGUCGCACGAGGCAUAGAACUAGCUGUUGCCAAUCCAAGGUGGCAAGUGAUUGACAAGCUAAAAGUAGCCAAGUUUGUUGAUAAAAUUGGAAAAGGGCGAAUUUUUCUCACUGUUUCUGAAGCUGUUGACACGUGGUUUGAGUCGAAAAUGGUUGGUUCUUAUAGUUAUGUUUGAUGGCAUUGUGGGACUUUCAUACACAUCAAGUGGUGUUUGAGUAAGUGAGAGCAGUGGUGAGCAGAGAUUCUAUUUUAGAUGCACGAGUGAAUGUUAGAACCCACAAAAGUGUAUGUGUGUAAAUUAAAUGUAUAAAUUAAAUAAACAAUAAAAUAAAAUAAUUCAGAAAAUAAUUAUAUAAAUUAUUUCUCAAA